GGCCCGGGAAAGGUGAUCAAUCUUCGCCGGGCGACAUUUCCUAUCAGCUAAACAGCUGGGCGGGCGAAGGGAGGCUGCGGCUUGGAGGGAACCCGAAGAGCGAGCGAGCGAGCGAGGUGUUUCCGUGGGAAGAGAGAGGCAGCGCGGGGCCGGUCGGGGCGCCCCCCUCCCUCUCGCGCGGACAGGAAAAGCCAAUGCUGUCGCUUGUUCGCCGCCCUUAAGGAGCUGGAUGCGCCUUUUCCUUUCGCCGCACUAAAACCCGCAGCGACACGAGCAGGCCGCGCUGAGGGACUGGCUCCCGGGGGCCCUUUCGGCGGAGGAGCCGCCACCUGAGAGGGCAGCAGCAGCAGGAGCAGCGGAGGCGGCGAAAACGACGACGGCGUCCGGCCCGGGCCUCGCGUUGGGCUUCCUGGGCGACCUCCUCCCCGCCGUUAGCAUGAUGUCUUACCUCAAACAGCCCCCCUACGGCAUGAACGGGCUGGGGCUGGCCGGGCCCGCCAUGGACCUCCUCCACCCCUCCGUGGGGUACCCGGCCGCCCCCCGGAAGCAGCGCCGGGAGCGCACCACCUUCACUCGCUCCCAGCUGGACGUCCUGGAGGCGCUCUUCGCCAAGAUAGUACCGUCGGCGAUAGAUACCGUUGGCCGAGGCCUCGAGGGGCGCUGGGUGGCCCGUCAAGGGUCACGCAGAGUCUGGCGCAAAAAGAGCCGGAAUGUGACUUUGGUGUCUAUCUUUGGGGGUUUUGAGUCCAGAGUCCAGGUCUGGUUCAAGAACCGGAGGGCCAAGUGCCGGCAGCAGCAGCAGCAACAGCAGAGCGGGGCCGGGGCCGGGGGAGGCGGCGGCGGGGCCAAGAGCCGCCCGGCCAAGAAGAAGUCCUCCCCGGCGCGGGAGAGCUCUGGCUCCGAGAGCAGCGGGCAGUUCACCCCUCCGGCGGCCGCCUCCUCCUCCUCGGCCUCUUCCUCGUCUUCGUCCUCGUCGUCCUCCUCCUCGGCGGGGGCGCCCGGCUCAUCCUCGUCGUCCUCGUCCUCGGCGGCGCCGCUGAGCAGCAGCAGCGCGCCUUCGUCCUCCUCCAUCUGGAGCCCGGCCUCUAUCUCUCCCGGCGGCGCCAUGCCCGAGCCCCUCGCCCCCGGCGGCGCCUCCUGCAUGCAGCGCUCGCUCUCGGCGGCGGCCUACCCGAUGCCGUACGGGCAGGGCGCGGGGGGCGGCGCCGGCGGAGGGGGCGGCGGCGGGGGCGGCUACGGGCAGGGCUACCCAGCGGCGCCCCCUCCUCCGCCGCCCCCCGCCGCCGCUUCCGCCUCCUCCUACUUCGGGGGCGUGGAGUGCGGCUCCUACCUGCCCAUGCACGCCCACCACCCGCAGCUGGGCCCCAUGGCGCCCGCCCCGCUGGCCCCGCAUGGCGCCCCCCACCACCCGCACGCCCACCACCCAGCCUUGGGCCAGGCCUCCAGCCACCACCACCAUCAUCACCACCAUCACCAUCACCAGCCCCCCGGCGCUUACGGGGGCUCCGCGCUAGCCUUCAACGCCGGCCCGGCCACCCCCGACUGCCUGGACUACGCCAAGGAGAGCCCCGCCGCCGCCCCGGGACCCCCCGCCGCCGCCCACUCGCCCUGGAAGCUCAACUUCAGCUCUGCGGACUGCCUCGACUACAAGGACCAGGCUUCCUGGCGCUUCCAGGUCCUGUGAUCGCAGGGGAAGAGCGACCUAUAUACAUACGUGCCCCCCACCCCGCCGCGUGCCAACGCCAAACCCCCUCCCCUCCUUUCCCCGCUCUCGGACAGAAGCAACGCGCCUGGACCGCUAUUUAUUCGCCCCUCGGGACUUGGAGCGGCUCAGAAGGAGAUGCUUGGGAUGGAGAGACGCUCACUCCUCCUCGGGGCUCUCCCUUGGGUCUCUGGAGAGCCCCCCCCCCCAUGCCUCGUGGGCAUCCUCGUGUACAUAGAGCGCCUCGCGACCCCUCUGGAUUCGGGGAUUCCGAGCCCCGCCAAGCUUUUUCCCCCUGACUUUUUUUGUUUUGAAGGGCGGGGGGAGGGGGCUCGCGUCAUGUAUUUGCAUACGAGGCGGGAAGAGACGCAGAGAGAAAGUGUAAAGCGGAUAGUCCCAGCCCUGGAGGCGGCAGGCACCUGUUGAACUGUAAAGCAAGGCCUCCCGCCUCUCUCCUCCCCCCUCCCCCCCCAAAUCCCCGACAAUAAAAACCCCACGGAUGACA